AUGAAGAUCGCAGACCGCACCUUCCUCAUCAGCGGCGGCGUCUCAGGCCUCGGUCUCGCAACAGCCCGCGCCCUCCACUCCUCCGGCGCAUACGUCUCGCUGCUGGACCUCAACGCCUCCAACGGCUCCAAAAUCGUGUCCGAACUCGGUUCCCGCGCAAAGUUCUUCGAAACCGAUGUCACAGACACAGACGCCAUCGCAUCCGCAGUCCGCGGCACAGUCGCCUGGGUGAAAGAAACAGGAAAAGACAUUGGAGGCGUGGUAGCAGGAGCAGGAGUAGGAAUGCCAGGCUUAAUCAUCGACAAGAAGAACGAGCCGCUUAGCAUCGAGAGUAUUGAUUUUGUGCUCAACAUAAAUCUGAGGGGGACGUUGGAUUUGGUGAGGCAGGUGGUGCCGCAUAUGACUACGACCACGCCUUCGAGUCCUGAUGGGUCGCGCGGUGUGAUUAUCAUGAUUGCGUCUUCGGCGGCGUUUGAUGGGCAGAUGGGCCAGGUUGCGUAUGCUGCGUCGAAAGGCGCGGUUGCGAGUCUUACACUGCCGCUUGCGCGCGAUCUGUCAAAGUAUGGUAUCCGUGCUGUGACGAUUGCGCCGAGUAUGUUCGAUAGCGCGAUGACGCGCAUGAUGAGCGACAAGGUGAAGAAGAGUCUGGAGAAUAGUAUGGAGUUCCCCAAGAGGGCGGGGCUGCCGGAGGAGUUUGCGAGGUUGGUGGUGGAGUGUGUGGGGAAUGAGAUGUUGAAUGGGACGGUUUUGAGGCUGGAUGGCGCGAUGAGGAUGCCGGCGAGGCUGUAG